AAAUUAUUUUUUAUCCAAAUAAAAAAUUUUUAAUUUUGUGACGCCACAUGACAAAUUUAUUAAGACCACACCCAUUUAAAUGGCGAAAAAUAAUGUUUGCAAUGUGGACACUUUUAGCUCUCCUUCUCCUUCGUCCUCGCUGGAGGCAGCCUUUAGUAUCCGUAUUGUGGACAUAGACAGCUAUCAGGGGGCUCCAUUAUCUGGUCUUGAUGUCUGUUACUCUGAUUUUUCGGGAGAGCCAAUUAAAAGUGUUCCUGUGGUGCGAGUUUUUGGAUCCACUCCUGCCGGUCAGAAGACUUGCCUACACGUCCAUGGAGCCUUCCCUUACCUCUUUGUUCCGUCACUAGAGGAAAAACCAUCAGAAAGAUAUCUAAAGUUAUUUGCAGAGAGUAUUAAUCAUGCCCUGCAGGUGUCACUGGGAGCAGCUUCAAAGAAAGAGUCUCACGUUUUUAAGAUAUCAGUAGUCAGAGGAAAGCCCUUUUAUGGCUAUCAUGCAUCAGAGUGUGUCUACUUGAAGAUAUAUCUCUAUAACCCAAGACACAUUAAGAGGUUGGCUGAUCUGCUAAUAGUGGGUGCUAUAAUGAGAAUACCACUGCAGCCUCAUGAGUCACACAUACCAUUCAUACUACAAUUUAUGAUUGAUCAUAAUCUUUAUGGCAUGAACUAUCUUCACUCCAGUAAAGUGAUGUUCAGGGUGGGAGGAGAUGGAGAGGAAGAGGAGAACAAUGAAGUGAUAAGCAGUCCUUCUCCUGUUUCAUUCUCUGGUUCUAACCAGUUGAUAUCUCCAAGUAAACGAGUUUGGCAGCUGGAAAAAUUAGCCAGUGACAUGUUGCUGUACGAGUCAAAAGUGAGUGCAUGUAAGUUGGAAGGAGAUGUUGUAGUGACAGACAUAUUGAAUAGGGAAGAACUGAAACAAAAAAGCGGUGGGUUUCCAGGGUUACUGUCUUUGUGGGAUGAGGAGAGGAUAAGAAGAGAGAGCCACUCAAUUACUGAUCAUCUUUCACCACCACCUUCACCUGAUCGCUCCUGUAAUCUUGUCCAUCCUGCUGAAGAAAGACACAGAACACUUUUAUCAGAAAUCAUCGAAUCAAAGACAAUCAAAGCCACUCCUCUCUCUCCUCCGCCCCUCUCCUCCCUCUCUCAGUCGCGUGAGCCCGAGUUUCAUUUCUCUCAGAGAGAACCUACAUGUAGCCCUUCAUUGCUGUCACCAUACCGUUCUGAGACCCCGCCCGUUGACACGCCCACUGGAGAUCACCCUGUAGUGGUGGAUGAAGACGUGAUAGAGUCCAGUUUGAGACUAAAGAAGAAAUUAUCAUCUUUGUCAAUCAGCUCCAGUGAGGCAGACAUUGCUGAAGUAUUACUUGAUUUACUCAAUGCCUCAUCCUCACCCUCCCCUCUCCCACUCACUCAAACACAAACUAACACUAACACUGAUACUAACACUGAUGCUAAUAAUAAUGAACCAAUCAUUCAUCUCUCUCCUAUCAUAUCAACUACUGGUUCACUCCCUGACCUCAGCAGUAGAGAUAGAGGGGAAGAUGGGGACACUACUUUAAUGGCUGACCAAGAUAACAAUAUUGGGGACACUACUUUAAUGGCUGAUCAGGAUAACAAUAUUGGGGACACUACUUUAAUGGCUGAUCAGGAUAACAGUACUGGGGACAUUACUCUAGUGGCUGAUCAGGACAACAGUAUUGUGUCUAUGGAGGAAGAGGGAGGGAGAGUGAGAGGGGUCAGUAUUGAGUCUGAUAUACCUUGUGGUCAGUUGGUUUUAAGACAAGGCAGUCAAGAGAGCCAGUCAUGCUUGAAAAACAUGCUAGACCUCUCCUUGUGUUUGGAAGAGCUUAGAGGAGUCUCGCCGUCCAGUCAAGAGGCCACACCUACUGGCUCCUCCUCUCAAUUGUCGUAUCAAGAAAGACGAAAUCUUAUUCAGUUGUUCUUGGAAGAGGAAGAGAAGGAGGAGGAGGAGGAGGAGGAAGGAGAGGGAGAGAGAGAGGAGGAUGAGGAAUUGGAAAUGACGCAAAUCGUAACUUCUGAUGAUCAAGACGUACAUGACACGCCACACCCAAAGGUGGACUUUAUACCACAGUUGGACGGUGCAACCGGUAGAAAAUCACUAAAACUCUCACGAAAGAAAACAAUCAAACAAACAACAACAACAACAAGCAGUAGUAGUGAACAAAAAGGAGAUAGUACACUAAACACUCCUUCUGUACAACCUCCUCCUCUGACCUCCCUUCCUCUCUCCUCCUCUCCCUCUCUCUCCCUUUCUCCUCCUUCUCUCUCUCCAACCAGCACUAAUCUCACUACCACUAGUCUAUCAUCAACUAAUCCUUUGGUCUUGUCACAGGAUAGUAAAUCAACUUCUCAGACUCAACCAGUUUCUUCUCAUUAUGUCUCCAAGUCCCUCAGUUUAAGGAAAAGGAAACCCUCUCUCUCUUUUUAUGGGAAACCCUCUCCUUCUAAGUCUCGUGAUGCCACGCCCCUGGUUGUAUCACGUGAAACCACGCCCAUUCUUGAUUCAUCGUUGCUUGCGGAAAGAGCUCGUAAUAAUUCGUUGGUUCCAAAGAUUCGGAGACUCUCUCGUGAAGACAGUGAGAAAUAUUUGCCGGCUUUAAGAGACAGGGAGGCUUCGGUACCGCCCAAAGAUGAAACGGACGGAGAUACUACUAAGUCCAAGGGUGUGGCUGAUAGUAAGUCUAGUGGGCGUGGCUUAAAGAGAAGAGGAGCAGAAGCUACUGGCACUCGUCGUAAGAGACUGUGUUUGCAUUCUAGGGAAGAGGAACUGGUUGCGUUAGCAAUCGCUCAAUCACUUAAGACACUUAAAGAAGAUGAGAAACGAAGGAGAAUAAUGGAAGACAAAGAAUUGAAGGAAAGAGAAGAAGAGAAAAAGGAAAUGGAACAAGAUGAGACCUUAUCUAAAAAUGAAGAGGCGACUGAUAUUGAGCCUUUUUUAAUACCUACACCACCUUCUCUUGAGUCUAUCCUUCCUCCUCUCUCUCUCCCUCCCUCUCCACACACUCCAGUCUCACUAUCACUUGUUUCCCCAGACACUCUUCUCUCCCCUUCCUCCCCCUCUCCUCCCAGUUCCCCUCUCCCUCACGACUCAAGUACUGACAAUGACAACUUGGACUUUACUCUCGCAGUAUCAUCAAGUGACGAAGAAGAAGAGAGGGAGGGAGAGAGAAUAGAAAUGGAUAUCGAAGACACGGAAAGAAAGGUAGAAGAUGAAAAGUCAGAGAACUUUACACUUGCAGUGUCAUCAAGUAAUGAAGAAGAGAGAGAGGGAGAGAGAAUAGAAAUGGAUAUCGAAGAUGCAGAAAGAAAGGUAGAAGAUGAAAAGUCAGAGAAUGAAGAGAAGACCAAUGACAGCAAAGAGAAGGAGGAGAUAGAACAAGAAGGAGAGGGAAGAAUUGCUGUACUUUAUCCAGCUGGUCCUAGCCCCUCUAUUACUGGGCCAGUGGUAGCUGAUAGUGUUGUCAUUAGUCCAUUGGAAUCAGCUCCUUCUUUAUCACUGAUAUUACAAGAUGGAGACAUGCCCUCAGUUAGAUACACUAAGGCACACUGUAGCAAUCCUAAUGACGUCCAGCAACCACAAGAUUUUGGUGGUCAUAAGAUAAGUGUCCCUUCACUCAUGUCUUAUGAAUUAAAAGAGUUCAAUACAGACUCUGUUAUUCAAGGCACACCUACUGCUGUUGCUGCUGGUAGUUGGUGUAGUUUGAGUCACUGGAGGACAGUAUUGGCACUGUCCAAUGAAACAGGAACUGGAACACAGCUACCACCACCUUGCCACCCGAACCAGCCAGGGGAGUUUUACUCUUCACAGAAGCAUCAGGAUGAUGUCAGGGCACGGUCCCAAUAUUGGCCCAAGGGACCCUGUAUUAUUACGCCUCUCAAGACCCCACCCAGUUCUUUUACUGUUGCUAAGGAUAUGGUGUCUCGUGAUGCUAAGCUUCGGACCCCCUCAACUGAUGAACAUUCUAUCAUAGACGGGCCCAGUCUUGAUAAUACGUAUGGGUUCCAAUUAACGCCCACCACUGACCCAGAGACUGAAUCAGAGAUUCAAUAUAUCACACUCAUGAGCAUUGAGCUUCAUAUCAGAACUCGAGAAAAUCUCAAUCCUGAUCCGGAAUGGGAUCCGGUCCUUGCCAUAUUCUAUUACAUACACAAUGACUGGCCACGCUCACCCGACUCGCCGGCCCCUAGUGGGUGUGGCUUAGAGAAUGCCACGAAAGGAAUAAUUGCAAUUGACCUGUCCCAGCCUUCAAGUCAAGUGACCACACCCACUAAAAGAGGCGGAGCCAGAGGAAGAGGAGGAAAGGGUAAAGGCUCACCUAAGACUUUUUCCAGUCUGCGAAAAAAAUUUUCUAGCCCGUCGAAAAUUUUAUUGGGCAACCAGUCAAAAAUAAGUGCACAGGAAGCGUUAGACACAACAGAUACAGAUAGACGCCCUUAUUUGGACAACACUGGACUAUCAAGCAACAAUAUUCAUAUCACUUAUGUAUCAAACGAGAGAAACCUGUUUGACAAGCUUGUGAAACUGGUUAGACAAGUUGAUCCGGACGUUUUGCUAGGAUAUGAAAUCCAGAAAAACUCCUGGGGAUACUUGAAGAUGAGAGGGAGCCAUCUCGGGAUCAAUCUGAUUGGUCAAAUAAGCCGAGUUCCUACAGCAACCACACCGGAACGUGGUGGUAGCGACAAGUCUGGUGGAAGCCCGAGUAAGAAAGGAGCAGCAUGGUUUGAGGAAAGACACAACUCUGAUAUCCACGUGGUAGGAAGAGUGUUACUUAACGUAUGGAGGACAAUGAAACAAGAAUUGUCUUUAACUAGUUAUUCAUUUGAGAGUGUCACUUACCAUACUCUCUACCAAAGACUUCCUAAGUUCUCUUAUCAGACACUAACUGAAUGGUAUGACUAUCGUAACAGGCUAUACAGGUCCAGAGUCGUUGAUUAUUACAUGACCCAUUGUUACGGUAACUGUCUUCUUUUGGAGAAGUUUAAUCUGAUCGGUCGGACGAGUGAGUUGGCUCGUCUGUAUGGGAUCGAGUUUCAUAAUGUGCUGGCAAGGGGGUCUCAGUACAGGGUUGAGUCUAUGAUGCUCAGAUUAGCUAAGCAGUAUAAUUACAUUGCAGCAUCGCCAAGCAUUCAGCAAAGAGCAAGAAUGGCAGCCCCAGAGUGUCUUCCUCUAAUAAUGGAGCCUGAGUCAAAGCUCUACACUGAUCCAGUUCUAGUCUUAGACUUCCAGUCGCUCUAUCCCUCAAUGGUCAUAGCUCACAAUUAUUGCUACUCAACUUGUCUGGGACGUGUGAAGCAUCUCACCACCAAUAAUGAUGGAUAUAAAUUUGGUACUUGUUCUCUAAGUAUUCCAGAUGACAUUCUACUGCAAUUGCAAGACAGUGUGACAAUAUCUCCUAAUGGUGUAGUGUUUGUAAAGUCAGAUGUUAGAAGAGGAGUCAUGCCACAGAUGUUAGAGGAGAUACUAAAUACUAGGAUAAUGAUCAAACAGUCCAUGAAACUGUACAAAGACAAUAAAGUACUCCAGAGGAUACUUGAUGCUCGUCAGUUAGGACUCAAACUAAUUGCAAAUGUCACUUAUGGAUACACUGCUGCUAACUACUCUGGACGCAUGCCUUGCGUUGAGAUUGCUGAUAGCAUUGUCAGAAAAGGGCGGGAAACUCUUGAGCGUGCAAUCCAAUUGGUUGAGUCCACACCAAAGUGGCAAGCGAAAGUCAUCUAUGGUGACACGGAUAGUAUGUUUGUGCUACUGAAGGGAGUGAGUAAGGCGGAGUCUUUUAGGAUUGGGAGGGAAAUCAGUAAAGCAGUUACAGCUGACAAUCCAAAACCAGUGAAACUGAAAUUCAAAAAGGUAUACUCAUCUUGUAUAUUGCAAACAAAGAAGAGAUAUGCUGGAUUCAUGUAUGAGACGCUGGACCAGUCAGAGCCAGUGUUUGAAGCAAAAGGAAUAGAAACUGUGAGGAGGGACAACUGCCCUGCUGUGUCAAAGAUAUUAGAGAAAAGUCUAAAGCUACUUUUCUCGACUAAGGAUGUCUCUCUGGUCAAGUCCUACGUUCAGUCUCAAUGCACUAAGAUACUCAAUGGUAGAGUACCCACUUCAGACUUUGUAUUUGCUAAAGAGUAUCGUGGAUGAAGUGGGUACCGUCCAGGGGCUUGUGUUGCUGCUCUAGAAAUAGCAAAGCAGAAGACAUUGCUUGAUAGACAGGCCGAGCCAUUAGUUGGUGAAAGGGUUCCAUAUGUAAUAGUAUAUGGGCCACCUGGACUACCUCUUAUACAACUAGUGAGAAGUCUUGAAGACUUUACCACUGCUUCGUCAUCUCUCCGUUUAAAUUCAAACUAUUACAUAACUAAACAGAUCCUUCCUGCUCUCUCCCGCUCCUUCUCUCUCCUCGGAGUUGAUGUGUUUCAAUGGUACCAUUACCUCCCGCGCUCUCAGAUGCUCCCUUCAGUUGUGGGCGGGGCCAAGAAAGGUACUAUCAGUCAGUACUUUGCGUCUGCUCAUUGCGUAAUAUGUGGGACGAUAACAAGUGAAACCCCGCCCAUAUGUCCGGAAUGUUCUAAAAACCCUCAAAAUGUCGCUGUUAGCCUCUCCUCUUUGGGUUCUAAAACCGAGAAUAACUUUUUUGAAUUAUGCAAAAUUUGUCAGCAUUGCUGUGGUAGUAUCAAGAGUGGGCAUUAUUUGGAAUGUGUCUCACUAGACUGUCCAGUUUUCUAUUCUCGUCUGACUAGUAUCAAAAGAUUGGAUGGGUCUGCCGUUGGCUCUCAAAAAAUUCUCGCAGAGUUUUUGAAUAAACAAAGUAGCACAAGAGACGUGUGACAGCAUUAUAUAGUUUUGUAUAAAAAAUUUUGUAUUAUUAUUUAUGUGUGUGACGGCUCAUCUCUUAUCAGAUGUUUAAUUAUAAGAGAAGUGAUGAUAAUUAUGUAAAUAAUAA